AAUCAAGAAAUUAGAAAGAAAAAAAAAUUGAAAAAAAAUAUUUUAAAAUAUAAAAAUGUUAUACUCAAUAAUGAUAUGGAACGGAGAUCCAACAAUUUAAGAGAAAGGAUGCUUUCGCUUAUUCAGGGUGCCAAAUUUCGUUUGAUGAAUGAAAAAAUGUGCAAAUUGCCCAUCAAAAAUAUAAAAAAAAAUUUUGAAAAUAAUCCAACAGAUUUUAUUGAAUACCAUGAUUCAUAUAAAUCGUUGCAAACAAAUUGGCCUGAAAAACCUAUAGAUAAAUUAAUUGAAAGUUUGAAAACAAGAUCUAAAUUUAAAAUAAUUGCUGAUAUGGGUUGUGGAAAUGCACAAUUAGCUCAAUCUCUUCCUAAUAAGGUGCAUUCAUUUGAUUUAGUAUCCCAUAAUGUGAAUGUUAUAGCCUGCAAUAUGUCAAAAGUGCCUUUAUCAGCUGAAGCUAUUGAUAUUGUUGUUUUUUGCCUCUCUUUAAUGGGUACAAAUAUAUCUCCUUUUAUAAUAGAAGCCAAUAGAAUCCUAAAAAUAAAGGGAUUAUUAAUAAUAUCAGAACUAUGCAAUCGUUUUUUCAAUCUACGUAAAUUUUUAUCCACCAUGCAACAGUUAGGAUUUCAAAUUAUAAAACAAGACAAAUCUAAUGACUGUUUCUGGACAUUCGAAUUCAAAAAAAUUGGUAAUCCUAAGCCAUACACUACGUUGAAAUUGAAGCCUUUUUUAUACAAAAAACGAUAAUUCGUUCUGAAAUUGAUUUAUUUUUGUUGUAUUAACUUCUUUAUCAUAUCGAUUGUUAU